AUGACAACAAUUGCUCAGAAACUCCGUCUGAUCAAUGGUCUGAAUGGUGGUCUGCUUACUGGUGUAAAUGGAGUCAACCCUGUUCUGAUGGGGGGUCUGAACACACCUCUGCUCCCAGGUGGUCCUGCUGUUUUAGGACAGCCACCACUAACACAGGUUGGGCCUGCAGCUGCGCUCCCCUCAUAUAUGCUUCAGCCGUUGCCUGUUGGAGGAGUUCCCUUUGGCCUGCCCAACAUUGGACCUCAGUUGACUUCCCCUUACUUUCCUCCUAAUGUGGGGCUGCCGUACUACCUUGGUGGACCCCCAAAUCAACCUAUAUUUCCUCAGCAACAACAAGUUGGGGCUGGGCAGAAUCCGGGAAAUACUCAGGUGGCACCACCAGGCCCACUGAACAGAUUUAAGCGUUCUUUCUUAAGAAGAACCACUGCAAGACCCCCUGUCUCAGUCACCCAGAUGUCAGCUCCGGUGAACCCUACUCUGCCUAGAAAUACUUUUGGGUAACUUAGGUAAAAAAGUUCAGGUUUGAAUAACCAAGGUAUGUUUCAUACAUCAAAUGGCACAUUUUAUAGAAACUUUAAUAGAUAAAAAUAUUAUUAUAUAUUAUACUCUUAACUUUUUUUGUUCUGUUGACAGGCACUUUCAGGAGAUCUCUUCUCAGCAACCUUAUUUUAAA